CAAUAAAGUUUUUUUUAACAUUUUGAUCUGCAAAUCUGUUAUUUAACAUAACACAAAAUAAUUAAAAUAAUCUUAUCAUAGUCAAUAUUUGGUCACCCUGUUCUUGAUAAUAAUAUUUAUUUAUGUUAACAAAUUUAUACAACCAAUAGCGAUUACACAAGUUUGCAUCACAGAAUAGAUUAAAUUAUUAAACGAUUCUGUUUGCAAUACGAAGCUUAAAUGUAUUAAAAUUCCAUAUAUAUAUUCCGUAUAUACUAAUCUAUGAUUCCAUUUUUUAAUAACAUUUAAUUUUGUGAAAUAUAUUAUAAGGAAAAGAAAAUGGAAGUUGAAGAAGAAAUCUUAGCAGACGAAGCAGAAUUUUCUAAUUUAAAUUAUAUUUCAGGAUUUAUUCAAAAUAAUGGAUGGUACUUAUUGGCUUUAGUCAUCAUUUUCAUAUAUUUCAUUGUUAAGUUAUGGCCUCAUUAUUUAAAAUGGUUAGAACGUCGUUCAGAAGCAGCCUAUGAAGCUGAAAUUAAAAAAAAUCCUGAUUUAUUUAAACAAAAAGAAGAUGAAAUGAAAAAAGCUCGAAUAAAAUUCCAAGAAGAAUAUGAGAAAAAAGCCAAAAUUGCUCUUGAAAAACAAAAAGAAAAAGAGAAGAGAAUAAUAGAAGAAAAACAAGAAUUAUUAAAACACGGAACAACUGGACAGACAAUAAAUAAUUCAAAAAAUUCAAAAAAACCAAAACCAGAUUACAACCCUUUAAUGGGAUCUGGCAGUGGUUCAAAUUAUAGACCACCAAGAAGAAGUCCAUGUUCUGGUGGGGGAUGUGGAUAAAAGUACUAUAAUAAAAUAACAUUUUGUAGGUUUACCAAUAAAAUAAUGUAGAUCUAUAAUAAUGUAUUAUAAACAAUCAUUUAAAUAAAUAAGACUUAAUAAACAGUGACACUUGUCUAAGACCAUUAACAUUAUAGAUAAUAGGAAUGAAAAUUAAAUUUAUUAACACCAUUAUUAGUAUUUAGGAUAUUCUAUUGAAUCGGUGAUACACUACUGCGGACAGUUCUUAUCGGAGCCACCUUUUUAAUUGAAAUUAUGGUUUAUCAGUGGACCCCCAAAUAUUACACUAUUGCGGGCACAUGUUGCCAAAUUUAUAAAUAAAACUUCAAUAAUAUGGAAAUGUGGAAAUUCAGAGCAUAUUAAAUUUAGUAUGCAGUUACAAGUUAUUUUUGUUAAAUACUGCAGUUAGGAGAAAUUAAAUUAAAGAAGUUUAAAAGAAAUUCAAGGCGAAACUGAGACAAUUAUUUCAUCUAUAAACAAAGGUCGAGAAAAAUCGGUGGCAAAAAAAUAUUUAGAUAGAAUCACAUUAACUAUUCAGAGUUAUAAUGAUUAUAAAAACCACUAAAACGUGAUACAAUAUUAAAAAAAAUGUAAUGGUCAUUACAGGGGGAAAAAAAAUAUAAAUUUUUAACUUUAAAUGCUUACAUUAUAUAUUAUUAUAUUAAUAAACUGCGUUGCACAACAUGACAACGUUUCAUUAAAUUUUGACCGUUAUCAUCAUUUUUUGUAUGCAAAAUAAUAUCUUUUGUUAUAUAAAGAUUGUCCAUAAUCAGAUUGCAAAAUAAGUAAAGUGUCUUCAGUCGUGUUUCACCCUAUUGAAUAAGCAUGUAAAUUAUAAAUUGGCUAGGAGUAAUAUUUAAAUUAUGGAACAGUUUUAAAUAAAUAUAUUAUGUACA